UCGAGUAUCGCUUUUCGUUGGUCUGGGUAGGUCGCUGCAGCCCGCGGAGCGGCUAUCAGACGACAGUUUGCCCUCUGUGCCUGGACAGAGUGGGUGUGAUUUCGGUUCAUCUUGCCCCGUUACACGUUGUUGUGGUGCUCGUAGCGCGAGAACGAUCGACGAACGUUAUAAUCGGCUCCUUUGCGAUAUCUCAUACGCGGCUCGAACUCGACACAUGAGGAGGAAAGUUGUUCGCGCGAAGUGGUGUGGGACGAAGACAGUAGCAGAAUCGGCAACAACUCGAGGAAUGACCCCGCAUGAUCGUUCGCGAUCGCACGUCGCCGCGACCAGCCGCGAUAUGACGCGACGAUCUUCGAGCUGUUCGUUGCAUUCCUCUUGACUACGUUACGUGUGAAUUCGUAAUCGGUAUAUCUGUCAGCCAUCUGUUAGCAGUGUGUUCUGUGUGAGAUUCAAGUGUCGACGAUCGCCAGAGAGGGAAGCCAACGGAGAAAAUCUGUUGUCGCGUUGUUUGUUCGCUCGCGCACGUCGCUGAAAAGUCAUGGGUGAUGUGUACAUGCUAGUUAGUGAUCAGGAUACACCCACGGACGGAAGAAAAAUCGACCUGACCGUACCGCUCGCCAUAAUGAAUCACCGCAGCUCAUCGCAACAGCAUUCGCCAGCCGAUUCGCUAACAGCCUCGACACGGGUGGCCACAUCCUACAGAAUAAACACAGAGAGUCGAACCGAGGCAACAGGGAUGAAAGGAUUUCUUCGACUGUGCCGAGAAAGGACGCCACAGCGCAGCGUAGCGAUAUCGACGACCGUGUUUCACCUGCUGGUCCUUGCCGGUCUGUUCACCUUCGGCGCCGCUGCGUUCUGCCCGAUCAAGUGCAUCUGCGACGACGACAACCUGGUGGUCUCCUGCAUAGAGGCGAACCUGGACGUGAUACCGAUCGCCCUGAACCCUAGCAUCCAACGGAUAGUGCUCAAGGAGAAUCGGAUAAAGACUGUGGAGGACGCGGCCUUUCGGUUCUACGGUGACUUAAAAAACGUCGAUCUGUCCAGCAAUCACUUGUUAACCAUUCCCAACGGGAGCUUCGAGGCGCAGAAGCAACUGGUGGAGCUGCACCUCAGGCACAACAAGAUCUCCGCGUUGGCAGAGAAGGCGUUCCAAGGUCUGAAAUCGUUGACGGUGCUGAAUCUACGGGACAAUUACUUGGAGAGCCUGAAGAGCGGUCUGUUCGCGUCACUGUUGAAACUGGAGGAGCUCGAUCUGGGGAAGAAUCGUAUAUCGAAAGUGGAGGCCGGUGCGUUUCAGAAGCUGGGCUCGCUCAGGGUGCUUCAUCUCGACGACAAUCAAUUGAGAAGCGUCCCGUCGCCGGCUCUGGCCCCGUUGAACGCCCUGGCGGAGCUUCACAUAGGCUGGAACGCGUUCUCAUCGCUGCCCAACGACGCCUUCAAAGGAUUGGAACAGUUGACCGUGCUGGACAUCACCGGUGCGGGUUUGGACGAUAUCGGGGACGGUGCUUUCCGUGGCUUGAACACUCUGCGCACCUUGGAACUGGACGGGAAUAAAUUGAGGGAAGUGCCGACGAAGCAGCUGGCGAUACUGCCGCGGCUCGAAGAGCUCACCCUGGGUCAGAACUUUUUCACCUCGCUGAGGUCCGGGGCCUUCCAGGGGCUCUCGAAGCUGAAGAAACUGGACAUAUCCGCGGCGAAAUUGUUGACCACGGUGGAGCAGGGUGCGUUCUCGGACAACGCGAACCUCGAGACUCUUAUACUGAACAGCAACAAACGACUGACCACGAUGGAGGACGGCUCGCUGGCCGGUUUGCCGAACUUGAGGCACCUGAUGGUGCGCGACAAUGCGUUUACCGGAUUCUCCGAGUCCCUGGUGGCCUGGAAGGAGCUACGCCGACUGGAUUUGAGCGAGAAUCCGAUGGUGUGCGACUGCAGCCUGCUCUGGCUGUCCGAGGUGCUCGUCCCGAGGAACUCCAGCCCGGUGAUAUGCGCGCAACCGCCGGAAUCCAAAGGAAAACCCAUCAAGGGAAUGACGCCCGACGAGCUGGGCUGCGCCUUCUCCGAUCCCCGUAAACAGGCUUUGCUGGCCACGCUUUGCGUGGCUGGACUCGCCCUUCUCACCGGUUUGACGUUGAUCCUCUACUACAGAUGUCGCAGACGCGUCAGGGACGCCCUCAAGGACUACAAGUGGAAGAACCGAGCGAUCUCGCGCAAGGAGCACGAGUACCAGAAGACCUUCUCCGACGACGAGUACAUCGUCAGGUCCGCCCAUCCUCAUCAUCACCAUCAUCAUCACCAUCAGGCUCAGUCGCAGCCUAUACCCACUCAUCAUCAUCAUCAUCACCUGCAGCAGCAACAGCAGCAACAGCAGCAGCAACAGCAACACUCUCAGAUCGCCACUGGCAUCAAACCGAUACCGGUGACGGAGCUGUAGCUAGAACUUCGGGCGGCGAGCCCCGGAGCCGGCGGCGUUUGGUUCUUGCCCCACGGCAGCACUACUCUCGCCGAGGGCUUCACCUACAUCGACGGGGAAACGGCGCGACAGAUGCGCCGUCCGGGGA